UAAUUGAUGUGAAUUUGGUUUUUACAAAUUAGGGUUUGUGAGAUUUUGAAAUUAGGGUUUGUUAAUUUGGGGGAAAAGGGGUUUUCGUUGCUAGGGUCUAUAAUUAGGAUAAUUACAAUCAUUUACGAGUUUGUGUAUGUUUGUAAGUCCUGAUUGUUAUAGAAACUACACCAAUCUAAAUCCGAUUUUCUAGGGUUAGUGGAAUUGGGGAAAAUUUUGUUUCAUCUGAUUCUUAAAUUCAAUAAUACUCUCUUGCAUCAUAAUUGUUUGUUGAAAUUGAAUAUGUAUGAGCACGAGUGAAGAUCUGGAUUUUUAUACAAACUAAUUUUGGAGCAUCUGAUUCUUAUUCAUAUGUUUCAAUCCUCUUAUGUGUUGUUGAAUAAUACUCUCUUGGAUCACAAUUGUUUGUUGAAAUUGAAUAGUGUUUGUUGUUUUCAUUUUGACAUAUGCCAUGGGAGUGUGACAUGAGUAAAAAGAUACUGUAAGGAUCAAUGGCAAAGGAGUAUUCAACUGAAAACAGGUCCAUUCACGGGGAAGUUUUAGAAGAAGAAAACACCACACAAUUGGUUCACAGAGACAAGGCAAUUGGUUCACGGACACAGCCCACACACCACACAAUUGGUUCACGGAUACAACACACACACCACACAAUUGGUUCACGGAUACAAUACACACACACUUUCAUAACUUGAUAUAACUUGAUAUAAAUAUGUAUGAAGUCACUUGAACUUGUCAUCGCACACUUUCUCUUUUCUCUUGACUUUUCUCUUCUACACAAUUGUAUUGUAUUCACUUUCUUUUUCACAACAAUUGUAUUCACUUUCUGUUUCACAACAAUUGUAUUCACUUUCUAUUCCCACAAUUUGUAUGCAAUUUCUCUUCAACACCAUCUUAUUUUCAUAACUCUCGUUCACAACGAAAAGAAAAAUAUUUUCACAACAAGAAUAUAUUCAAGUCUUUCUUAUUUCAUUCGCUUUCUUUUUUUACAUUCUACUUUUACUACCAAAGUUCUAACCAAAAAAUUCUACCAAACCACAAAAUUGUUAUUUACUUCUUUUUUUGUUAUAUACAAAAUGGCAUCAUCUUCUCAUGAUGAAUUUUCACAAUUAUUGAAUGAAGAAUUUGAUAAUCUUUUUCAAGAAGAAUUUGAUAAUCAAUUUCAAGAAGAAUUUGAUAAUUCUUUGGAAGAGCAUCAACAACCCAGAAAACCGAGAAAAAAGAGAGUUCAUAUAGAAAGACAUCGUGAAGAAGGACACAUAAGGUUAUGGAACGAUUAUUUUGGAGAUUAUGCAACAUUCCCGCCUAAUCUAUUCCGACGUCGUUUUAGAAUGAAUAAGAAUUUAUUCAUGCGUAUCGUGGAUCGACUAACUAAUGAAAUUCCUUUUUUUCCACAAAGAAGAGAUGCGACCGGAAGGUUAGGAUUCUCUCCACUACAAAAGUGUACAGCAGCAAUUCGCAUGCUUGCAUAUGGUUGUGCGGCUGAUGCGGUUGACGAAUAUCUUCGGAUUGGUGAAACCACUUCCAUGAAAUGCAUGCAACAUUUUCUUGACGGUAUUAUAUAUUGCUUUGGAGAUGAGUACUUGAGAAAACCAACCGCAGAAGAUCUUCAAAGGCUACUCAUUAUUGGAGAGAUUAGAGGAUUUCCCGGGAUGAUGGGAAGCAUCGAUUGUAUGCAUUGGGAGUGGAAAAAUUGUCCAACCGCUUGGAAAGGUCAAUAUACACGAGCCUCGGGAAAACCAACGAUUGUUUUGGAGGCUGUAGCUUCGCAAGAUCUUUGGAUAUGGCAUGCGUUUUUUGGACCUCCAGGUACUUUAAACGAUAUCAAUAUUCUUGAUCGUUCUCCUGUUUUUGAUGACAUCUUACAAGGACGAGCGCCAAAAUGCAAGUAUGUAGUCAACGGAAACGAGUAUAGUUUGGGUUACUAUCUGACAGAUGGAAUUUAUCCAAAAUGGGCCACAUUUAUCCAAUCAAUCCCACUUCCACAAGGUGAUAAACCUUCUUUAUUUGCUGAAAAGCAAGAAGCUUGCCGUAAAGAUGUAGAGCGUGCUUUCGGAGUUUUGCAAGCUCGAUUUGCAAUUAUCAAAAAUCCGGCUCUUAUUUGGGAUAAGGAAAGAAUAGCAAGUAUUAUGCGGGCAUGCAUAAUACUUCACAAUAUGAUAGUAGAAGAUGAAAGAGAUAUGUAUACUCAGUUUAAUGUCAGCGAAUUUCAACAAGCGGAAACUGAAGGAAGUACACGAGUGGAUUUCUCGUAUGAUACAUAUAUGCCUUCAAAUAUCGUCGAUCUGAUGGCCGCUAGAACUCGACUUCGGGAUCGAACUAAGCAUGAACAAUUGAAGAACGAUUUGGUCGAACAUAUUUGGAGUAAAUUUUCUUCCAAUCAAGUUUAAAUUUAUUGUACUUUAUGUUAUAAUUUCUAUCUUAUAA